AAAUCGUUUUCUAAGUCAUUUGUAAUUUCAUUUCAGGCGCCACUAAAGCUGAGAGUGGUAAUUGUUCGACUUUCACAAAUGCGUGCUGUUCUUUUCAUCACACCAAGAAUAGGGAAAUUGAUGAAUAUUUUAAAAAAUAAAUAAACAAAGUUUCUGUUUGUGACAAUGUUUAGAUUUCAGAUGUUUUCUUUGUUAAUGCUAAAAAGUUAAGUCGCAAAAUAUUCUGUGUUUCCGCCUGUUUCUCGACGGUACUUAUUUCCCUGCUACAGAUUAAAAUCCAAUUUCUUACAAUUUAUGUCUGCUUAAUAAGCAUGCAAACAGAGAGCCCCCUCGGCUUUUAUAAGUCAAGUCAAAGCUUUUUGGGGUUUUUGUUUUCAUCACAAUUAACGUAUAACCUCUACUAAGGUCGCUCUGAGCAACAAGAAUCGCAUUUGCAUAGCGGGAGUAAAGUCGAUACGAGUACGUACAGCUUCGACGCUUUUUCCAUGCUAACUUAGGUAAUUCAGUUAAGAUACCAGCCGCCCAAAGCGAGAGAAACGAAACAUCAGACGAAAUCAUGGCAACUGCUAAAGCGAUUCUUUGUGACUGGUUUAUGUUCAUGAUGUCUAUUCCGAGAACAGAGCCAAUGACCAAAGUACAAAAAUUCACCCAGUGGUCCUCAGUGCUAGCUUACUGUGUGGGAGGGGGUAGUUUACUCGUCUGUCCGCAGCUAUGGAGUAUCCUUCUGCAGUUGGACUUCCUGGGUCGUACUGAAGGCUACCUUCGCCUUAUUGGACUGGGCGUGGUCAUCAUUGGCUUCUUGUUCGUCGUCUCAGCACGCUCCAACCACCAGGACCCCAUACAUGCGACCAUUUUAGUGUCCAUCCUCUGGCGCUGUAUCGGCGUGAACGGAAUCCUACUAAUGCUGAUCCUUAGGGACAUGCUUCCGCUCUCAUUUGCUCUGGUUUUCAUGUGCCUUGACACGUCACUCUCUCUGAUCACCCUUGUAAUAUGGUGCCUUGAGACGGAAGGAGCCUCGAUGAACCUCUUUUUCCGAGAGAGUUUAUCACCAAUCUUGAAGUGCCGCGGUAUUACAUCAGGGGGAUCCAUCGCAGCCGUCUUUUUCGUCGGUUUGUUUGAGCUAUUUUUCUGGCUUGUGUUUGUUAUAAGGCCUGAUACUGCCCAGUAUCUCCUCCAACUCGAUGACUUCCAGGGACACUCCAUUGGGUUCUUGGCAGGCUUUUUUUUCACCUUGUCUAUUCAUGGAUGGUAUCUCCUGGCAAACGCCAACACUAUCAAUCAUCCAUAUGUUCCAGCUGCAGUGUUCUACCGUAUAGUGUUCGAUAUACCGGUGUUUAUCAUUCUGUAUUUGGUUGAUCAAAUUGAGCGCAAUCUUUGCCUCACUUUGUUCGGUUUUGAUGUGUGUUUUUCGAUAGUUAUUUUGAUAUUUGUGACUUUCUCCAAAAAGAAAGGCUCAACUAUAGCUACAGAGGGUGACCAACAGAAACUGCUUCCUCCUGACGAAAAAGAGAAGAGUUAAACUAUUGUUAAUAAAAUCAUUAAAUCAAUGGUUAUGAUAGUCUUUUCCCCGCCCUUUCAGGGGGGAGGAAUAUAGCACCCUUCUUCAGCGAGGCGUAGGAGGGCGGGGGGGGGGCGUUAAGCUCCCAUAUAGAUAUCACUGGGAUACUCGUUGGGCGUUUACAGAAAAAAAAAAAAUGUACAUUCGUUUAUUGAUGAGUGAUAUAACAUAGGUGGUGAAUCCAGGAAGAUGGCAGAAGGAACAAAGCGAGAAGAGGGGUCAAGGCUGGACUUGUGAUCGUAGAAUGGUUAUUUGUUUUCUUAGAAGGACUUUCGGACAUCAUAAAAAACUUAUAAUUCAAUAAGUAAAUGAUUUUUUAUGGUUAACAAAUUAAGAAAUAAAUGUAAGGUUUUGAUGA